GGAGAGGUUUAUUUAUAUUUAACCUAAAUAUACUGGUUUUUCAUUACUCAGUGCAAUAUUUUAAAUUGUAUACAAUAUAAUUCUCAAUGUGAAGGGAUAACAAUGCUUUGGAUAGCAAUUGUAUUGAAAGUUACAGUUGCAGCGGCAUACAGCGUACUUUGUCCGACAAUAGAAGAUCCCUGUUACCGCUACAAUGGUCCCCUUGAGAUACCGGAUAUGGACACACGUCACCCGAGCAUAAAGAUUGAAACUGGGGCAUACUCGCAAGAUGUUUACAAACUGAGGUUCGGGCUGUGGUACAUCUCGGACUUUCCGUUGACCUCAGCGGUUGUGGAAAACGGCAAUUGUGGAACCAAGUUUCCCAGUUGGAUUAAUGGAUCAACGCUAAAGUUAGGUGAUGGCUAUGUCAACCAAACUGCAUGUGUGAAAGACUACUUCGACGCAUGCGCGAACACUUACACCGUGCUGGCCAAGAACUGGGGUUAUUACUACGUCUACUGCUUCUGGGCUUUGCCGUACGCGGACCAGAGGUUCUGUGUAGAUGUUGACUUGAGUAAAGUUACAACAACAACAACUACACCAGCUGCGACAACAACAACCAAACAAACUGCUACAAAAGUCAAAACAGCGGAAUAUUAUCAUGAGACUUCAAAGCAAUCCGGAGAAACAUUGUGUGCGGAGAUGUUUCUUCCCCCAAGUCUGAACCGGCACAAUUCACUGCGAAUGAAAAAUGGAAAGUUCCCUCAGGCUUUCCUUCAAAGCUCACUGAAACAAUGCGAAGUGUGCAAGCCCCAAACGUCCCCGAAUAAUCUACAGACAGCAAGAACAGCCCACCAGAUGGAACAGGAAAGCAUAAUACAACACAGCCACAUAUUGUUUAAUGGGAUGGUUUGGAUAUUUUGUUUGUGUUAUGACUUUAACAGUACUAGAAAUAUAUGGACUUUAUUUGGUAUUGCUUAACCAUUUUGCUUUACUGUUGUUUUGAU